AAGAGGAAGAAAAAGAGAGGAAGGCGCGGGGCCGUGCCUUGGUGUGCCAUUUCCGCGGUGACGUUCAAUGAAGGCGCGUCGACACUUUCAUGACUAUGCUCGUCACCGGCGUGCUGCUCUCCUUCAAGCCGUUUCAGACAAACAGCACCAAAGCGCAGGAGAACCUUCGCGCAUCGGUCAACUCCUCCACCUCCGCCACCUCCGCUUCCCUCGCCUCGGGCUUCUCCCUCUCCCCAUGACCGAGACGACCCAAGAUGCCCGGGAAUGGAAGUUGGAUUUGACAGCGCCGCCGCAGUUUAAAUGACAUUCGCCCGCUUUGUAGCUUCACCGCGGCAUCAAUAACACCGUAGUAACACCCGCUCUCCUCCUACCCAGAAAAAUGUCCUUUUUCAAUUUUCGAAAGAUCUUCAAGCUAGGGCCCGACAGGAAGAAGAAGCAGUACGAGCACGUCCACCGAGACGUCAACCCCGAGGAGAUUUGGGACAUAAUCGGGGAACUCGGCGAUGGAGCCUUCGGAAAAGUCUACAAGGCUCAGAACAAGCAGAACGGGACCCUCGCCGCCGCCAAAGUCAUCGACACAAAGACGGAGGACGAACUGGAGGACUACAUGGUCGAAAUUGACAUCCUGGCCUCCUGCGACCACCAUCACAUUGUCAAGCUGCUGGACGCCUUCUACUAUGAGGGGAAACUCUGGAUCCUGAUUGAGUUCUGCGCGGGGGGCGCGGUGGACGCCAUCAUGCUGGAACUGGAGAGGCCGCUGACUGAGCCUCAGAUCCGUGUGGUGUGCAGGCAGACCCUGGAGGCUUUGGUCUACCUGCACGAGAACAAGAUCAUCCACAGAGACCUGAAGGCUGGCAACAUUCUCCUUUCCCUGGAGGGAGAAGUAAAACUUGCGGAUUUUGGAGUUUCUGCUAAAAAUACAAAGACAUUACAGAGAAGAGAUUCUUUCAUCGGAACGCCGUACUGGAUGGCGCCAGAAGUGGUGAUGUGCGAGACGUCCAAGGACCGCCCGUACGACUACAAGGCGGACAUCUGGUCCCUCGGGGUGACCCUGAUCGAGCUGGCGCAGAUCGAGCCGCCCAAUCAUGAGAUGAACCCCAUGAGAGUGCUGCUGAAAAUAGCCAAGUCCGAGCCACCCACCCUCAUGCAACCCUCCCGCUGGACACCAGAAUUCAACGACUUCCUCCGCAGGGCGCUUGACAAGAAUGUGGACAACCGAUGGGGGCCGCUGCAGCUUCUACAACAUCCAUUUGUCGCCACUGUUGUAGACAGCAAACCUCUGCGAGAGCUCAUCGCUGAAGCCAAGGCUGAAGUCACAGAGGAGAUCGAAGACAGCAAAGAAGAGGAAGAGGAGGAAGAACCUGAGACGCCCGUGGCCGCUCCUGGACACAAGCGAACACCGUCCGACGCGAGUAUGGCAAGCUCCGAGGAAGACAAACUUCCACCGACACCAUCCGCACUGCAGUCCGUCACUGAAAAGACGGAAGCUGAGCCGGCUGAAGACGGGUCCAGUGAUAUACUCUCCGAUGAAGGUCUUGGAACAAGCGAGCCUGACAAGACGGAGGAGGAGAAACUCAACGAGGUGCCCGAGGGCGCUAAUGAAGACACGGCUUUCGGGCUGAUGGAAGAGUCCGUCCCACCGGAGCCGCCGGAGCCUGAGGGGCGAGCUGAUGAGAUUCCUGCUGAGCCAACUGCUUUGGAGGAACACGUUCUAGAUGAAGCGCAGACAGCGGAAGGAGCGGAGACACGGGAAGGAAAAAUAAAUGAGUCUCCACAAAUAAUAGAAAUUGAAAAAGAGCCCGAAGAGGUGACCAAAGAAGAUGAGUCGAAUCAGCAGAUUGUCGGAUCUGCAGAAUCAGACGAGGCACUUGAGGAUGCGCAUGCCAAACCGGAGUCUGUAUCAGAGCUGCAGGUCGAACAAGUGAGCAAGCCGGAUGACAUGCUUCAGCACGAACUGACCGAUAGGGCUCAUGACACCGAUGUUAUCAUUGAAGACGGAGGUGAUUUAGCGGCACGCAUAGUGGGAGACGCCGAAACUCAAAUGAGUAAGGAUGAGUCUAUUCUAAAAAAGCCCGAGGGGAAAAUUUCUGAGCUCCCAGAUCAAGACUUUGAGACCAUCGCCAAGAUCCGACCUUCAAAUGGAAUCUGCGAUGACGCGACCAACACAUCUGAACAGGCAGGGCUCCCGAGCAAGGAUGACAAAGAAGCAACGUUGGCAGAAGAGAUCACGAGCCCUCGUGAACCCGACUCAGAGAUCAAGACGGAGCAAGAAAGUCCUGCCGGGAGGCGGCAGGAUGCGGAGAAGGACUCGGACUCCGGAAGCAGCUCGGCCGCCGACAGCAGCAGCAUGGACCUCAAUCUGUCCAUCUCCAGCUUUUUAUCCAAAAGCAAAGGAGGCUCAGUGUCUAUCCAGGAGUCCAAACGGCAGAAGAAGACACUGAAAAAGACGCGCAAGUUCAUGGUGGACGGCGUGGAGGUCAGCGUGACCACAUCGAAGAUCGUGACCGACGACGACGCCAAGAAUGAGGAGAUGAGGUUCCUCAGGCGGCAGGAGCUGCGAGAGCUGCGCCUGCUGCAGAAGGAGGAGCAGAGAGCUCAGCAGGAGCUCGGCAACAAGCUGCAGCAGCAGAGAGAGCAGAUAUUGCGGCGUUUUGAACAGGAAACGACAGCGAAGAAGCGCCAAUACGACCAGGAAGUGGAGGGCCUGGAGAAGAAGCAGAAGCAGACCAUCGAGCGCCUGGAGCAGGAUCACACCAGCCGGCUGCGCGAUGAAGCCAAACGCAUUAAAGGGGAUCAGGACAAAGAGCUGUCCAAGUUCCAGAACAUGCUGAAGAACAAGAAGAAAGAGGCCAUGCAGGAAGUUGGGCAGUCACCUAAACAUAAGCGAAAAGAGCUCAUGAAGCGCUUAAAGGAGGACCUCACGCUUCUUAAGACGGCCGAGGCAGUGGCCCAGGUUAUGAUACAGUCUUUUCAGUUGUCCUCAUGCGCACUCUUCAAUGCUCAGAUGCAGGAUGAGCAGGAGUUCCUCCAGAAGCAGCAGCAGGAGCUGGACGGGGAGCUGAAGAAAAUCAUCCAACAACAUAAAGUGGAGAUCGCCACCAUCGAGAGGGAUUGCCUCAACCACAAGCAGCAGCUGAUGAGAGCAAGGGAGGCGGCCAUGUGGGAGCUGGAGGAGCGCCACCUGCAGGAGAAGCACCAGCAGCUCAAGCAGCAGCUCAAGGACCAGUAUUUCCUCCAAAGGCACCAGCUGCUCAAGAGGCACGAGAAAGAGAUGGAGCAAAUGCAGCGCUACAACCAGCGGCUGGUGGAGGAGAUGAAGAACAAGCAGAACCAAGAGAGGGUCCGCCUGCCCAAGAUCCAGCGCAGCGACGGCAAGACGCGCAUGGCCAUGUUCAAGAAGAGCCUCCGCAUCGCCCCCUCGGCCGUCAUCACGCCCGAGCAGGAGCGAGACCGCAUUAAGCAGUUUGCUUUUCAGGAAGAGAAGCGGCAGAAGAACGAGCGUCUCCACCAGCACCAGAAACAUGAGAACCAGAUGAGAGACCUUCAGCUGCAGUGCGACUCCAAUAUCAGAGAGCUGCAGCAGCUCCAGAAUGAGAAAUGCCACCUCCUGAUUGAGCACGAGACGCAAAAGCUGAAGGAGCUGGAUGACGAGCACAGUCAGGAGAUCAAGGAGUGGCGAGAGAACCUCAGACCCAGGAAGAAGGCAUUGGAAGAAGAGUUCACGCGGAAGCUGCAGGAGCAGGAGGUCUUCUUCAAGAUGAGCGGCGAGUCGGAAUGCCUUAACCCCACCGCUCAGAGCCGUGUGUCCAAAUUUUACCCCAUCCCGCACGUGCCCAGCUCUGGAUCGUAGCCGCCUGCUGAAAACGGCUAUGAUAUUGCGCUAAAUUAAUUGGGAGCAAACUGUUUAGAGGUUUUUCUUUUUGUUUCUUUCUUUAGCAUGUUUUAGUUUGAAAAGAUCAUAAAUGUUGCAAAUGAGUGCCUCCUAAUUUCUUUUUCAGUUGCUUUUUUAAAAAUGUUUAUGAUAGCCCCUCGCCUCCUCCCACCACUGUCUUGCUCACUAUCACUGAACAAAUGCUUUCAUUAAGUGGUUGCCUCCUGUGACGACGACUCCUACAUUCAUUUCAACACGUGGGUGUUGACUACUUCCUGGAGCCCUGCUAUAGAGUGAACGCUGUCAAAUGCAUAUCAAAGGAAUGUAAACUUGCUGUCAAUUUUGCACAGUUUUUUUUUUUUUGCCACAUGAAAGAAUAUCCAGUACGAAUCAUUGGAAUUUUAUUACAUGCUUUUAUUAUUUUAUGACCACUGCGUUUCUGCUACACUGAUGCUCUAAUUACCCACUUUAAAAAAGUCCUGAAAACACAUUAAAUCCAUACCGCUUCUAACAAUCAUUUGUUCAGCUUAUUUUUCGGACUUCACAUGAACUGAGUUAUGGAAAAAGGAAGCUGCAAUUGAUUUUUUAUUUUUUUUUUUUUAUUUUGCUGAAUGAAAUUGCUGUAAUAACGAUCAUCCGCUGUUGUCAAAAUGGCCUAAACUUGAUUAAUUUAUACCAUGUCAUUUCCGCACUGCUCGAGUUCUCAUGCUAGUAACAAAUGCUGGAUUUUUAUUUCGGUUGUUUUACACCAAACAUAGAUAUUGAUAUAUUUUUUACAAAUUUUAACGCGCUGCAUUUUAAUUGUCUCCACCUCAAAAAAAAAAAAAAAAAAAGUAUAUAUGCAGUUCUAUUGUCAGAUCAAAUGUAUUGGAAAUGUCAAUGGACAUAUUUGUUGUAAAUAAAAAGUAUUCAUGUUU